AUGAGUGAGAUUUUCGCUCUUAGCUACCAACGAAACAAAGAACGUCAAAUAGGAUCACUGAGUGCGUACAAUUCCAAGCAUAUGACCGAAGCCGAUGAGGCAUGGCGGACAAUGUUCACAGGACAUGGCAUCAUUUCUUUUCCAGAGAGUUACGCCACAGAGCACAAAAUGAUCGAGACACUUCGCUACUCUGUUGAGAGUCCCGAGGCGGAGAAGAGUCGAGUGUAUCUUGUCGAAGCGUGCCAUGCCAUGCACUGUCUCGUGAGUUUCAAACCCGCAAGAGAAUCUAAAAUCGGUUGGGAUGCUUUGAGAGAUUGGACAGAGGAGCAUACUAGUAGUUAUUAUGAUCAGUAUGACAUGGAACCAGGCACAAUUGGGGAUAAUCUGCGACACAACUAUCACGCUGGAGACGGUUUGCCAGCUGGCAGUCUCUAG